AUGCAUCCACCUUGAAAGCAGAGAACCCGGACGAGCUCCUGACAAGUGGGAACAAAUCAUCGGCCAGAGCUUUCCGUGCCCCAGCCACUGGGUCUCGGGUCUUGCCCAGCAGCAUCCUCCAGAAUUUCACCCUAUUCCCCUCAAAAGACAGUAAAAUCGGGACGCAGAGACCACCCCGCUUCGUGUGCUGGGAUUGACAGGGCAGGAAAUUCAAACCUGAGAAGAGGAAGUACUUUUUCUCACAAUGUUUAAUUAAACUGCAGAAUUCAUUGCUCCAGGAAGUUGUUGAGGCUGAGAACUUAAACAAGGCUGAAAAGGGACCAGAGAGACACCAAAACACCACCACAGCUACAACCAACAGCUGACUCUGAGAAGGCAUUUAAUUGCAAUUAAGGACCGAAGCCUGUGCCUGGAACCCCUUGCUCCUGCUUUCCUCAGAGCUUUUCAUGCCGGGAGCAGCUCUGGGGACCUUUGCUUGCUUCAUCUCCUAGCCCUUUACUCCAGGAAGCUUUCCCCAUGCUUUUUAGGGCUUUCUCACCCUUUUUAGGGAGUUAACACCCCAUGCAUGGUCACUGCUUGUCACUCGAGCUGCGGGAACUGGCAUGUGUCCCCAUGGGGCUGGGGGGAUUUUUCAUUGGAGGCCAUGGAGCUUUCGGCCAAUGAGCUCAGCAUUUAUGACAAGCUAUCGGAGACGAUUGAUCUAGUGAGGCAGACUGGCCACCAGUGUGGGAUGUCUGAAAAAGCCAUUGAGAAAUUCAUCAAGCAGCUCUUGGAAAGAAAUGAACCCCAAAGGGGACCUCCCCGGUACCCUAUCUUAGUGGUUCUCUACAAGGGCCUGCUCACGCUGGGGUUGGUCUUGCUGACUGUUUACUUCGUGUUCCAGCCAUACAGCCCGCUGCCGCCUGAAGCUCCGCUCUCUCGAGCCCAUGCCUGGGGCUCCCUCAUCAGUCACAUCCGGCUGCUCUCUCUGCCUAUUGCCAAGAAGUACAUGCUCGAGAAAUGCCAGGACUGGUGGGCAGCAGGUUGCAGACAGAACACUUCUACGCUUCCCGCAAACUGCACAGUCUGUUCUGCUGUGAACAGCCUUCAGAUAGUGACAGACUUCAGAGAACUAUCAGAAAAGCUCCCAAGGUCUCAGCCUUUUCUAAUCAAGACAGGGCAGCAUCUCUCCUAUGAAGAACUGAAGCAUUUUCAGUCCCAGGAUCCAGAACUGGCAGAGGUUAUAAUAGAAGAAAAUUCAGCUGAACUGUGGAGCUGCCCGUUUUUCUUGCCCUGGAACAAAUCUGUGAAUAAAACUCGGAUUCUACAGGAAUUUUUCCCUACUUCCUCUUUGCUGUCCUUCCCCAAGACAGUGUCCUUGGAGAGCUGCUUCCUCAUCCGCCAUCCAGAUUUGGGGAAUAAGAGCUACAGUUUGCACAGCCUCUUUGCUGUUGGAAGUGGACAGCUCACCCUGACUGUUGUACCUCUGGAUAAGUGCAGAGGACACUGUGAGAUGUUCAAGGUGGAGCUGGAAGCUGGAGAUUUGGGUUAUGCCAGCGCAGAUUACUGGACGAUGAGCUUCAUGGCCAAAGGGACAGAGCCGGCGGUUGUUUGUGAUGGAGCUGCUAGCUAAGGACAGUGGGGUGGGAAAACAGAGCUGUUUCCAGGACAAGAAGACUUUCAGCUUUGAAGCCAAGGCAACGUCUUGAAAGCGAUAGAGCUGGGGCAACUGGGGUGGGCAGCUUUGCCACCCUGCAUGUUUACAGUGUUUAAAAAUGACUGUUUUCCUGACCCUUGAGGUAAUUCUUUGCCUUUCCUCAGAUGUAUUUUGGGAGAAGCUCAAGCUAUUUAUGACCUUCCCUUUCCCCUCAGGUAAGCCCUGGGUUUGCAGCAGAGGAUUUUUUCCGGGAGAAACAGAGGGAUUCCUCAGGGUGAGAUUCACCUUGUGUCCUUUGCAAAUUCUGAAACUUCCUGGGGGGUUUGGGAGUGGAGGGGGUGUGUGAUGUUCUGUGUACAUUCCUCCUGAGGAGGAGGCUUUGAGCCUGUCUUGUCAGACCGGCUCUAUAAAGGGAAUGAAUUGGUGAUGUGUCCCAGCUCCACCCCAUCUUUCCCUCACAGAUAGCUGUGUGCCUCAGUAGUGUGCCCUGCAAAGCCAAUCUCAGCUCCAUGCUCCAGGGCUGGGAUGAGACUGGCAGCCUGGGGCAGAGACCCUCGCCCACUGCAUUAUUCUUGUACCUAAAGAAUAAGUUCAGGCCUCUUCUUUGUCUUGUGAUCACUCUUUUGCGGUUCUCUCUCAGCAGGUUGAGUCAAAUAGUAACUCUGCUUUUGGUUUUUUCCCUCCACCUCUUUUCCUACAAAAAUACCGAUGCAAGUUGUAGAGGUGAUGGUGCCGAGAGUGCAGUAGUUCUGGAUGGAGAUGGGGCUGGGUGCAGAGCAGCUCUGUACAACUUUCAUCUUCUGAUUGUGGCUCUGACACACCGGGGCUGCAUGACCAUUUUCACGUACUCCUCGUUUUGAGAGGUGCUGCCUGCGUUCGUGGCCCAGGGUACCUAUGGAAGCACCUGAAAGCAUCUCUGCCACUUUUUUUUUUUUUGCAUUGACUCUUUCCAGACCAGGAACCCUGUCUUCAAAAUGAACAUUGGUUUUUCCUGAGUCCUUUCCAAGCUGCCUUCACAUGCUUCCUGUUGCUUGAGCACUGCUUUAUCCAAUGCCCUGAGAGAGGCUCGGUUUCAGUGUUUGCAGGCUGCGGAUGCUGCGAUCCCUUCCAAGUCUGAUCCUUUGGGUCUGAUCCUGCCGUUGAAGAUCAUUUACAGAUGUGUUAGGCUGAACUCAUAGGCCAGGGCUGUGGUUCAGGACAUACUCUCACACUUGUUAAUAUGGAAUUGGGAGGGGUUUUGUUUGAAAGCAAGUUAACUCUGUUCUCAAGAGCGAGAACCUUUUCCUCUGUAAAUAUUUUAGGUACGCGUAAAAGGACAGAUUGGAAAAAUGCCUAUCCAGCCUUUAUUUUUGAGCGAGACCAGGAGAAUGGGAGCAAACAUCGUACUAAUCUUAUUGGGGUCUGACAAAAGCUGCCAAGUGGGAUGACCACGUCUGGCCUCCUGUACAAGGAUAAGGCAGAGAACAGUUCCUGCUCCAAAGAAUUUAGUCUGAGGCCUUGACGCUACGAACAUUUCUAUGCAUAACCCUUGUUUUUCUCCUGUAAACGAGUAAGACCAACCCCAGCACCCAUGCCAGUCUGUGUACAUGGCCUUUGAUGCUGGACCGACAUGCACCAGAUCUAGUAGAACCAAAGGGGGAGAGCCUGACUCUCGGGACAGAAAAGGACUAUCUUAAUUUGUAGCAAAAUAUUAAAGGGAGUUGGAUUAAUAAGACUUCUGUUAGUAUCGUUAGUGCUUGGGGUGUGUUUUACACUUGUGACGCUGCAUGCAAUCUUGUACAUGCCAAGACACACACAUAUCACCCCUCUCCCUCCUCUUAAAGCCUGGGUCUUAGCUCAUGGAAAUUCAGGAGUUUGGUGAUGGCAGAAUUAGGGCCUCGUUAGUGACUGUUGCUAUUUACACUUUGACAGCUUCUCAAGUCAAAUUCAAAGGCUGACAAGGUUACUUCACCUCUUACUGGUUUUGUACCUGAUCCAUUUCUGUAAAGCAUUUGGUUAGAGAUGCACGGGGAGAGAACCUGCUGGGCCCAUGAUUGCUGAGAUUGCAGGUGGCUUGGUGAUGCUGUUCCUUCUAAGUGUCCUUGAAUGUAACUUGUAAAAGAGCUAUGGAGACAAUUCUCAAGAGUCUGUGAAAUGCCUGUGUUUUGAGAGUCGCGCUUAAGCCAUUGUGGCCGUCUGGCUCCUGUGGGAAGAAGCAGAGAAAAUGGAUGUAUUUACAGUUGCUGUUUAUACUGGGGGGAAUGGGGGGCUCUAGGGCAGGUUUGUGCCUAUGUAGCAGAAGUACUCUCAUAUGCUUCUCCCCUCCUCAAAGAGUUGCAGCUGGUUGGACAGAAGAUGGUGAAUCUGGACUGUUUGCAGAUCAGCUUUCCAAGUGCACUUUAUGGUCUCUGCAUAGGUUUCCAGAUCUGUGUCUAGGCGAUACAUUGCAUAUGUCCCAACCUUGCUCCCAUUGGAGUUUACAUCAUUUGUUUUUAAACUUCUAGUAUAUUUUCUCUUCCUUUUCCAAAAGCUGUAAGGAAUUAGCUGCUAAACUAAAACAGGAGGGCAAUUCUGCUGAUAAAGAGCCGAUUUUUGGCCCUAGCCGCUGUUGAGUGCAGAGCCCCGGUCUGUAGCACGGCUUCUAGAGCAGCUCCUGUCUUCAGCUGCCAGAGGAGUAGUGCUAAUGCCUGCCGCAUCACAACACUGGCAAGGAGCUGGGAUGGAAAACUCAGAGGUGAGGCCGAAGUGGCAAAACUAGGAUGGCCAAAAGGAACCCCUGGCUGAAUGGUUGCAAGUGAGCCUUGGUCAUCUUUUGGCUGUGACACCCCUGGAGAGCCUGGUGGCUCCUAGAGAUCUGCUGAGGCUGAACUAGGGGGAUGUGGCUAUUUCCUCCCCUAUUGAGGCAUUGUGGCAACAGCCGGCAUUGGCUGAGUCGCAGAGGGCGUGUGUCCCAUCGGGGUCUCCCUCACCUCUGCCUUCACUUUGGCACUUGUGCGUAUCCAAGCGCAUGUGCUGGUCUGGACAAUCCCCCACUCCCCACCCUGCCUGGCUCAGAGGGGUCAAUGCAUGUGUCCCGGGUUUUAAAAUCUACAUGUGUGCUUCAGACCUCUUUGCCUGUGAGCUGAGAGAUGGACUUCUGCUCACUUGAUGUCCCAGAGGACAGGAGGGUUGUGGUUUAAAGCUGGUUUCCAAAAGCAGGGGUCAUUGACCAUUGUUCUCGGUCAGCCCUGAACUCAGGGUAACUGAAAAGAGGAGAAAGGAAUAUUAUUAAUUACUUCAGUACUGGGAAAUCAGCAUCCCCUAUGGGAGCCAAGCUGCCAGUUUCUAUUGAUUGGGGGUUUUUUUCCUUUCUUCUUUUUUGUUUGAGGUUGGUUUGUGGGGUUUUUUCCUCCCCUCCCCACUGGCAUUGCGCACACAAAUUCCCCUGAGGCGGCUCUACAGAUCCUAGCCUCAAACUCCCUUUGCAACACCCUGGCAAGCUUUCUAGGGUCAGAUUUCCCAGGGAGUCUUUGGGCCUUUAGCUUCUCCGGCUAGUACUCUUGCUGUAACGGUCUGGCAGAGAAGCUGGUUUUACUGGGCUGGAUCAAAGCACCUCCCUUCUCUCGUGGCUGGGCUCUCUGGCUUCCUAGCAGCAGGUCCCGCACGCAGCGUGGGAACACCCGGAGCAAGAGGAGGCAACGAGCAGGAGAGCAUCUCGUUAUUAGAGACAUGAACGCCAGCAUCUUGGGAAGGUGAUCUUCCUGCCUUUAAACCCCUGUGUCCACAUCAGGAACGCUGCUCCGGGGAAGUGAGGUUUGCAGGAUCUGCCCAGGCUCAGCGGUCCCCGUUUAGCCCUGUGCUCCCCAAGAGAACUGAGCGCCGUUUCGGUGGGUGUGCAAAGAGCUUUUCCUUCCUGCAAACCAAACUUUCUCUGCUUUGUAAAUUUUCUAUGUAGAACUAUAUAUUCUCCUCUUCAGGAACCUCCUCCUUGUAAAGGAUAGAUUUACUGUCCUGCUGAGUUAAACAAGGGAGUGCUGGACUUCCCCUUUGCUUUGGAGAUUCAGACAAAUGACAGGUGAUUUAUUUUUAGCAUUAUCUCUUUGUCCGUGGGGAGGGGAGGCAUGUUGUAAAGGCUCAGGGGUGCUGGGAGGUAAAGCUAUAUAUGCAUAAAGACUGUUUCAAUGCUGAACACUAUAAAUUCAGUGGUGGAUUAAAAAAAGAAUGUAAAUAUGCACUUAAUGCAGAAUUUUAUGGAUGGUCAUAAUUUAAUAUAUUGCAAACUUUGUAAAUACUUGGAAAAAGCCUGUAAAGUGUGUAAAUAAAUGAGAUUUGUAUGUAAGAAGAAUAAAAAAGUUUUUACGUUUUGCAAUUAAAUACAAGUGUUAAUGCA